ACCCAGGAGCCUGCAUUGCCCGGCUCAGGGGCCAUGCUGACAUCGCCCCCUGAGGACUUGGCUGCAACCCCAGAGCCCCCAGGGUAUCCUGGAGCCCCGGCCCAAGCCGGCAGCUGGCUCGAGCUCCGGGGCUGAGGUAGGGCCCUAGCCGGGCGCCUCAGCCCCAUCCUCCUCCUACCAGCCGUCCCCCAGGACCAGAUAGGUGGCAGAGCAAAAGAGGAAUGGACUGUGGGCCACCUGCUACCCUUCAGCCCCACCUGGCUGGGCCACCUGGCACUGCCCGUCGUCCAGUAGCCGUGUGCCAGCAAGAGAGUCUGUCCUUUGUGGAGCUGCCCGCCCUGCAGCCCCCAAGUCCUGUGUGUUUGGACCUUUUCUCAGUCACCCCGGAGGAGCUGCGGGCUCCCGGCAGCCGUUGGUCCCUGGGGACCCCUACCCCUUUCCAAGGGCUGCUAUGGCCACCAUCCCCAGGAGGCCCAGAUACAGAGAGCUCCACUGGCAGCGGGAUGCGGCCCAGCAGGGCUGGCAGCUGGCCACACUGUCCUGGUGCUCAGCCUCCAGCUCUGGAGGGACCCUGGAGUUCCCAGCACCCACAGCCACAGCGCCGGGCCAGCCAUGGCUCAGAGAAGAAAUCAGCCUGGCGCAAGAUGCGAGUAUACCAACGCGAAGAGGCUGCAGGUAGCCCCGAGGCCCACGCUGUCUUCCUGGAGCCCGGCCAGACAGUGCAGGAGCCAGCCCUGAGUGCAGAGGAGCCUAGGCCGCUGGAGCUGGCUGAGUCCCCCCGAGUGGGCCUCGAGGGGCCUGAGCGGAGGCGCUUCUCCGCCUCGGAGCUGAUGACCCGGCUACACUCUUCACUGCGCCUGGGGCGGAAUUCUGCAGCCAGGGCCCUCCCCCCAGGACCUGGCACUGGAGUAGCUAGGGAAGGAAAAGCAUCUGGAAGGGAGUUACGGAGCAUAGAGAUGAGGGUGGACGGUGUGUCACUGCCAGGCCCUGUUGACCGAAGUGAGGACCAUGGAGGCUGGCCUGAGCCCAGGCUGGACACGCAGGAAGAGCCAUCUCUGGCUUCCUGGAGCACCAACGCCAACGCCAAUGAGCGACGCCAAUCACGAUUCCUCCUUAACUCUGUCCUCUACCAGGAAUACAGCGACGUGGCCAGUGCCCGUGAACUGCGGCGGCAGCAGCGCGAGGAGGAGGGCCCAGGGGACGAGGCAGAGAGCGCGGAGGAGGGGCCCGGCCCGCCCCGGGCCAACCUUUCCCCAAGUAGCUCCUUCCGGGCGCAACGCUCUGCGCGAGGCUCCACCUUCUCACUGUGGCAGGACAUCCCGGACGUGCGCGGCAGCGGCGUCCUGGCCACCCUGAGCCUGCGGGUCUGCAAACUGCAGGAGGCCAAAUUUGAGCUGAUCACGUCUGAGGCCUCGUACAUCCACAGCCUGUCGGUGGCCGUGAGUCACUUCCUAGGCUCUGCCGAGCUGAGCGAGUGUCUGGGGGCGCAAGACAAACAAUGGCUGUUUUCCAAAUUGCCCGAGGUCAAGAGCACCAGUGAGAGGUUCCUGCAGGACCUUGAGCAGCGACUGGAGGCAGAUGUGCUGCGCUUCAGCGUGUGCGACGUGGUGUUGCACCACUGCCCGGCCUUCCGCCGUGUCUACCUGCCCUACGUCACCAACCAGGCCUACCAGGAGCGCACCUACCAGCGCCUGCUUCUGGAGAACUCUAAGUUCCCCGGCAUCCUGGCUCGCCUAGAAGAGUCUCCCGUGUGCCAGCGCCUGCCCCUCACCUCUUUCCUCAUCCUGCCCUUUCAGAGGAUCACACGCCUUAAGAUGCUGGUGGAGAACAUCCUGAAGCGGACAGCACAGGGCUCUGAAGAUGAGGACAUGGCCACCAAGGCCUUCAAUGCACUCAAGGAGCUGGUGCAAGAAUGUAAUGCCAGUGUGCAGUCCAUGAAGAGGACAGAGGAGCUCAUCCAUCUGAGCAAGAAGAUCCACUUUGAGGGCAAGAUCUUCCCGCUGAUUUCUCAGGCCCGCUGGCUGGUUCGGCAUGGGGAGCUGGCUGAGCUGGCACCGCUGCCCGCUGCGCCCCCUGCCAAGCUGAAGCUGUCCAGCAAAGCAGUCUACCUGCACCUCUUCAACGACUGCUUGCUGCUCUCCCGGCGCAAGGAGCUGGGGAAGUUUGCUGUGUUCGUCCAUGCCAAGAUGGCCGAGCUGCAGGUGAGGGACUUGAGCCUGAAGCUGCAGGGCAUCCCCGGCCACGUGUUCCUGCUGCAGCUUCUCCACGGGCAGCACACCAAGCACCAGCUCCUGCUGAGAGCCCGGACGGAAAGCGAGAAGCAGCGAUGGAUCUCGGCUCUGUGCCCCUCCAGCUCCCAGGAGGACCAGGAGGUCAUCAGCGAGGGGGAAGACCGCCCUCAGGUGCAGUGCGUCAGGACAUACAAGGCGCUGCAGCCAGACGAGCUGACCUUGGAGAAGACCGACAUCCUGGCUGUGAGGACCCGGACUAGCGAUGGCUGGCUGGAGGGGGUCCGCCUGGCAGACGGUGAGAAGGGGUGGGUGCCCCAGGCCUACGUGGAAGAGAUCAGCAGCCUCAGCGCCCGCCUCCGAAACCUCCGGGAGAAUAAGCGGAUCACCAGUGCCACCAGCAAACUGGGGGAGUCCCCCGCAUGAUGGGUGACUGUGCCUAGGAUGCCGACUCCAGGCCCAGCUCCCGGCAGUGUCUCCAUGUCCCAAGUCACCUGCACAGGCCGGACACAGGAGCAGGGAGCCUCCAGAUGGUCUCCCCCCAUACCCACACUCAUAGGGGUCAUGACAGGUGGCCACCGGCAAAGACUGGGGCCUUGUGUCCUCCGUGCCCUUGACCUGCCUGACUCUGGGCCCUGCAGCAGGGGCCUGACUGGGGAACACUCUGGUGCUAAUCGGUGCAGGGAGCUACGUAUCCCUGGGGUCUUCCCUGCCAUCUACCCUGGCCAGAGCGAGUGGGUGCUAGUUGCUGCGACUUGUUUGUAAAUAAACUCCCAUCAUGCCUUUGCUUGGAGACUGUGGGCCAUCUGAUGCUGCCCCCAGCCCCAGCCCUGUGUCCCCAGCUACACACGGUGGCAGGGCAGGGAGGGUAGGGUAGUGGGAGUCUAGAGUUUAACUGUCAACCCUAGGAGGGUGCCCAGAGGGCAGAGGGGCUCUAUAGCAGUUAGGCUGCUUUUAGCUGCAAGUAACAAAAUGUCUGAUUCACAUGAGCUCAAGUAUUAAAGAGAUUUGUAUGAGU